CUUUGAUUGCUUGAAUUGGAACUUGAAGAGGCUACGCGCAACACACCCAGAGCAUACGCUAAUCUAACAUACCCAAAUCUUACCCAUACCGCGACACAGUUAUGAUCAAUCAUCAUAACAUCACGAACAUGGGCGAGACAUACCGCGUUCUCUCGUCAUAAGCUUGGAACUACAAUUCUGCGUAAAAUUUGACUUAAAUUUCAUCUCUUUAUCAUCUUCUAAAGCAACUAAAAUAUUUCAAAAAAGGAUCUUUUUAUCAACUUUCUUGCAAACAAUUAACGCUCUUUUGUUUGUUUUUGUACGAAUUCGUGAUCGGGUACGAAGAAUGGGUAACUCGACGUCGAACGGUAAUCUGGAAGCAUGGGAUAUCGUCGUCAUCGUCAUCCAUUUCGUCCUCGUCUUCUCUUUAGGAAUAUGGGCGGCAUGGGGUGGCGGCAAAGAUUCAACGACUGGGUACUUUCUUGCUGGUAGAGAGAUGUCAUGGUGGCUUGUGGGACUUUCACUUUACGUCACCAACAUCGGAAGUUCGACCUUUAUCGGCGUAGCGGGAACUGCAUCCGUGUCAGGUUAUGCCGUCAUAUCCUAUGAGUACUACGCUCUCAUGGCACUGCUACUCCUUGGGUUCAUAUUCACACCUGUCUAUUUCGCAGCUGAAAUUGCGACGGUGCCCGAGUACCUUCAUUUACGCUUCGGAGGUUAUCGUCUUCAGACGUUCAUCUCCAUCGUCAACCUUACCGUAGCCAUUGUUAUCCUGCUUUCCGGCGAGAUGUACGCUGGCUCGAUCGUCAUCCAGCAGGCCUUAGGCUGGAACAUCUAUACCUCAGUGAUCAGUCUCCUCGUCCUUACCGCCAUCUACACGGUGGCUGGUGGGCUCAAGGCCGUCAUCUUCACCGACGCUCUCCAAGCCGUCGUCGUGCUCAUCGGCGCUUUCAUCCUAAUGGGCCUAGCCAUCGCCGAGAUCGGCGGAAUCGGGAACCUGCGUCUCCUGUACAUGACGGCCAUCCCCAACACCACACAAAAAUACGCCAACACCUCAUGCGGUAUACCAACUGAAGAGACCUGGCACAUCUUCCGUGACGCCAAGACGGCAGACCUACCCUGGCCGGGUGUGGUCUUUGGAGUGUUCAUCCUGGGUGUUUACUUCUGGUGUACAAACCAGGUGAUUGUGCAGCGUACCCUCGCAGCCAAGAAUGUUAAUCACAGCAAAGCAGCCUGUAUCAUGACGGGCUAUUUAAAGAUCCUUCCCAUGUUUUUGAUGAUCUGGCCUGGUAUGAUUAGCAGGACCUUGUUUGCAGAUGAAGUUGCCUGUGUGGAUCCUGAAAUCUGUGAGAGAGUUUGUGAUAACUCAGCCGGAUGCUCAGAUAUCGCCUACCCGAAACUGGUCGUGGAAUUGAUGCCAACAGGCUUGAAAGGUUUGAUGCUUGCGGCCAUGUUAGCUGCCAUGAUAAGUUCGUUGACCUCCAUCUUCAACGCCUCCAGCUCGAUGUUCGUCCUCGACAUCUGGUACAAGAUCAGGCCGACAUCGACCGAACUCGAGCUCGUCAUCGUAGGAAAAGUAUGCACCCUGGUACUGGUGGUGGUAGGGGUACUAUGGAUCCCCGUCAUCCAGGCCUAUGGUUCAGGCGAACUCUUCGUCUAUGUGCAGUCUAUCCUCUCCUACCUCUCGCCAUCUGUGUUGGCUUGCUUCACAGCCGCCAUUUUCUGGGGAAGGGUCAAUGAAUUUGGAGCUUUCUGGGGAAUGUUAGGUGGUUUCCUCGUCGGACUAACGCGAUCCAUUCUCGACUUCGUGUAUGGGGUGCCCUCUUGCGGUCAAGAGGAUAACAGGCCAAACAUCGUCAAGAAUUUCCACUACCUUCAUUUCGCGGCUUUUCUCUACGUCUUCUCCACCAUUCUCAUUUGCGUCUUCAGUUUCUUCAAACCGGCUAUCCCGGCAAAUAAGUUGAUCCGGUUGACGUGGUGGACCAGAAAUUCCAAGCUUCCCCGUGCAAUCAUGUCGGACGAUCAGGACGAUAAAGAUAAGAAAAACGAACUGUUGAGGGAAGAAAAAGUCAGAGAACACGCACUUAAGACGCAAAGCCGAACCGGGUUCAAAUGGAAAGCUUGGAACAUCCUGUGUGGUAUCAGUGGCUCACCGAUGGACAUCGAUGAGAAGGACACGAAGGAGGUGGAGGAGGAGACGGUCAAAAAAGCUUCGGCUGUGGACGACCCGAAGUGGCAAAAGAUCGCCGCAGUCAACGGCAUCGUACUGGCCGGCGUUUGCGCUUUCCUCUUCGGAUACUAUGCCUAA